AGUGUCCUCGUAGCUCUCAAGUCGACUAGCUAGAAACUUCCAUGGCGGAGGCUGCAGCUACCGGCCAGCCCCAAGCGGCGGCCAACACCAAAUACUACAUGAAGAACGCUGUGUUCUCCAUGAUCUCGCUGUAUCUUGCGCACCAGUUCGCCGGCUACAUCUCCAACCGCGAGGAUCCCAUCGCCUGUGACGUGCACGUGAACGAUCACUCGUGGUUCGGCGAGAGGCGCUACGAGUCGCUGCGGUUCUUCGACCCCAAGAAGACCCACCACGAGACGCAGUACGUAGCCAUGCGUGACGGCGUCGACCUGGCCGUGGACUCGUAUCUGGCCGAUUAUCUCUGGGAGAAGCAGCAGAAGGUGCCCACUGUGCUCUUCCCCACUCGUCACGGCCGCGGCUACACUCUGGACUUCCCCUUCAACAUGUUCACACGCUACGAGCGCAAGUUCACCAACCCUCGCGUUAAUGCCUACGUGCAGCGCUUCGUCACUAACGGAUACGCUUGGGUCUCGGUGGAUGUGCGCGGUACUGGCGCCUCGGCCGGCACGAAAGCGUUCGACUUUGCUGAUGCCGAAGUGCAGGAUGCCUAUGACGUUAUCGAGUGGAUCACUAAGCAGCCCUGGAGUAAUGGAGAGGUCGCUGUCUUCGGGCAGGGACUGGAUGGAGUGGGUGCUCUCCUUGCAGCUGCUAGUGGCCACCCUGCUCUUAAGGCGGUCUCAGUGAACAGCGCGCCGGUCGAUGUGUUCCAGGACGCGCUGUUCCCUGGCGGUAUAAAGAACGAUAAGGCUCUGAACGACUGGGCGUCGUUCACAGGCGCUACAGACCGUCAGAUCCGCUGGAACAAUAUCCCGACAUUUAAACCCCGACUGAUGCUCAAACAUUUCGGUGGCCAAGUCUACCGAGUGGACGACGAUGACGCUAAAUUCGAUAACUACAUCUACCAGCACACAAAGAACCCGGAUUUGGCUCAAGAACUCCAGGACGUGCACUUCCGAGACGACAAACUCGCGUCGAUCGGCGUCACUGCCGAGCAACUGGACGCUAUUCGCCAUCUCGGUGCAAUUGCCGCUUCUGGUGUUGCAUUGCAGACGUCGGCCGGUUUCUUCGACAUGGGUGUGGCUCGCUCUAGUAUUUUACUGUUCAAGUACCUGACCAACAGUCUGGAUGCUGACACGGCCUCGCUAUUGCCGGAGCUGCCCAAAGAGGCCUUGGAGGCCAUUGAGAAGGACGCAACUCACCACCGACUCACACUUGGACCGUGGAGUCACGCUGGUGUCGACAACGCCGACCCGUUCGCUCAGUCCAAGCAGAAAUGCUUCUACCACUUGGACGAAGUGAGUCGCUUCUUCGACCACCACAUGUAUGCUAACCGCCGCAAGAUCACCAAGAUCGAGGACGAACUCCCUGUGCACUACUUCACUAUGGCGCACAACCGCUGGAAGGAGGCGAGUUCGUGGCCACCGUCUUAUCUGAGUGACGAGACGUUCUACCUUAACGCCAACAAGGAGUUCCAGGCGGAACCAGAGAGUGAACAAAGCGAAGUAACCCACAAUGUUACGGUCAAGCCGACAUUGGACGCGGUGUCGCGCUGGAACAUGCUGGACCACCUCUUUGGUCUGCGUCCCAUGUACUACCACGACCGCACGCCUCUGGCUGACCAGUACGCAACGUUCCUUACGUCUGAAUUGCCACUGACGGAGAUCACGGGGGAGGCCGAACUGCGUCUCUUCUUCUCAGUCGACCAACCCGAUGUCAACCUCGUGGCUUAUCUUGAAGAUGUUGACUACACGGCUCCGUUCCCGAACGAGAACAAACGUCCUGGCGUGACAUACAUCACUGAGGCGCUGUUGAACCCCGUACACAAGACCAUUCGCCCAGAUUCGAGUGUUCACUCGUUCAAGCGUGCAGACUCGCGUGAGAUCGUCCCUGGUCAAGUAUACGAGGCUGUUCUCCGCUUCCAGUCCACUUCGUACGUUGUAAAACGCGACCACCAGAUUCGGGUGUCUGUGGGUGUUGCUAGUCCGCCCGAUUUCGGCUCGGCUGGCGAGAAAGAGGCCACAAAGCUCACUAUCCACUUCGGAGGCGCCUACCCUACCAAACUUACACUUCCGUCGUAUACAGGUGUAUAUAACGCCAAUGUGGUGCCUCGCGCUGAAGUGGUGGAUGACCUCGAGUCGAUCCCGACUGAAUCUACCGAGAAACCUUCGGAACAAGACGAAGUGGACGAGUUCGCUGAGGUGCCUGAGGCCAAGGACGAGUUGUAGGCAAACAAGUGGUGACAGGCUAAUACUUUGAUGCUUAUUCACGGAAAGUGAAUCGUACUUCGAAGUAAGAAAUAACUAGUCGAUCUUUAGGAUAAAACUCGGUUACUGAACAUUGUGCUAUGUUUUCGAGGUAGAGUUCGUAUUCAAAGUAGUGCCUGUUUCGUUGGCAGAGAACAUGUAAAGUGCGUUACUACAGAUUGGGAAGCGAUU